AUGCCUCAUGUCUGCCUUUUCUCUCCUCCUUUCUGUCUUUCUCUUUCUAAUGCAGCAGACGAUGGGUCCCUGAGGGAGAACAAGGCACAGAAUCCCCAGCUGCCUUGCACAGGGCAGGCAGAACUCCAUGGGGCAGACAUGGAAGGAGAUGUUCCCCAGCAUCCCAAGCCGGGAGAAGUCCAUGAUAGUCACUGCAGGCCAAGGGGGCAGCAGAAAAAUUUUCCACAUGGGAAAUGUGUUGAAUCCAGUCCUGGCUUCAGGGAUGGCAGUGGAGUUACAGUCCACUCCAGACUCUGCAGUAAAGAGAAACCCUGGGAAUGUGUUAAGUGUGCCAGAAUAUUUCAGGGCAGCUCAAAACUUCCUGCACUUCAGAACGGUGUCAGCUCUAGCUCAGAUCUAUUAAACGUGCAGAGCAUCCACUCAGGAGAGAGAGCCCACGUGUGCCCUGACUGUGGGAAAAGCUUCAAACAGAAGCGUAGCCUUUUUCAACACCACACCAUCCACACAGGACAGAAACCCUACAUGUACCCUGACUGUGGGAAGAGUUUCCGCCUGAAAUGUUCCCUUAUUCAUCAUCAAAGUCUUCACCCAGGAGAAAGUUCUUAUGCCUGCCCUGUGCCUGUAAAAGCUGACGAGUCACAGUCCAGUCUUACUCUGCAUCAGAGCAUUGGUGCAAGGGAGAAACCCCACGUGUGCCCUGACUGUGGGAGGAGGUUCAGAUGGAGAAGUAACCUUAUUGAACAUCAGAGUAUCCACACAGGAGAGAAACCCUAUGCCUGCCCUGAUUGUGGAAAAAGCUUUGUUCAAAAGAAGAAACUUAUUCAACAUCAGAGAAUCCACAAGGAAAUGAAGAGUCCCCAGGAACAAGAAAGAGAAAUGACUGCAUUGGCAUUGGCUCAGGGAUUGGUGACCUUCAAGGAGGUGGCUGUGUACUUCACUGAAGGGCAGUGGGCUUUGCUGGGCCCCAGCCAGAGAGCUCUCUACAGGGAUGUCAUGCUGGAGAAUUACGAGAUGGUAGGCUCACUGGCUGGAUAUCCCAUUCCCAAACCCAAUGUGAUCUCUCAGCUGGAACGGGGGGAAGAUCCCUGGGUCCCAGAUCAUCAGGUCUUGGAGAGAAUGAAGAUCCUCAGAGACAUGCAUACAGAUGGAGCUAUGAGGGAGAACAAACUGGAGAAUGACCAGCAGCCCAGCCCACAGGAGGCAGAAUUCCCUCUGACAGCCCUGGGAAGAACUGAAGGGUUUGUUACUCAGCAUCUUGAGCAGCAAGACGCCCAUGAGAGUCAGUGCUGGCCAAAGAGACAGCAGGGAAAACUGCCUGAGAGGAGAAAGGGAAAAUCUACUCCCCAGGGGCUUGACUUGGGGGACCUGAGUGUAGCCAUGGUCCAGGCGCAGACCUGCAGCCAAGAGAAACCCUGGGAAUGUGUUGACUGUGGCAGAACUUUCCAAUUCAGGUCAAAGCUUUCUGCCCAUCAGAGCGUCCACACAGGAGAGAAAUUCCAUGCAUGCCCCGACUGUGGCAAAAGCUUUAGGUUACGACACUAUCUUACCCUGCAUCAGAGAAUCCACACAGGUGAGAAACCCUACACAUGCCCUGAGUGCAAGAAAAGCUUCAGGUUGCGAUAUGAUCUUACUCGACAUCAGAGCGUCCACACAGGGGAGAAACCCCAUGUGUGCCCUGACUGUGGGAGGAACUUCAGAUUGCGACAGGAACUUACUGAACAUCAGAGCAUCCACACAGGGGAGAAAUGCUUCCUGUGCCGUGUGUGCGGGGAGAGUUUCCGCUUGAAACGCAUGCUUAUCCAGCACGAGGGGAUCCACACGGGAGAGAAACCUUUCACAUGCCCCAAAUGCAAAAAAUGCUUCAGGUUGCGACAGGAUCUUAAUAAGCAUCAGAUCGUCCACACAGGAGAGAAGCCCUACCUGUGUGCAGACUGCGGAAAAAGCUUCAGUCAGAGGAAUAGCCUCAUUAAACAUCAGAGCAUCCACACAGUAGGCAAUGGGACAGUGAGUGAGAAUGAAGAGGGGGAUUUCCAGCUCUCCUGUCCUGAGCGAGCAGCAGCAGGUGGGGGCAUCACUGGGAAGAGUGGAAAGGGAUGUUUCCCAGAGUCCUGGGCAGAGACAAGCCUGUGAGAGUUGGGGCCAAUCAGAGAGGCAGCAGGGGAAGUGCCCCCAAAGAAGACAGGGUAGAUCCAGUCCCUGAGAAGGAGGCCUGGAGAAUUAUAAUGAGAUUGCAGUGCAGCCAUGAAUCUUCAGUGAAGAGAGACUGGAUGAGUGUGAAGGAGAAGCUGCCAGUACAGGUCUAGUUUCAUACAUGUUAUGUAACACAUGGGUGAGAAACACCCCUGUGCCCCCUCUAGAGACAUGGUGUUUCUAAAUGUCUUGUGAUACACAUCGGUGAGAGCCUCCCCCCUCCUCCCCAUCCCAUAAAUGUGAGAAAAAGUUUGUGUGGACCAAUUCCAUUGCUGCAGAUUGUGUGACCCAUGUGAGCGGGAAAGCCUAUGAUUGCAAGAAAAGCUUCAGAGACAAUAAUCUGCAAGGGUGCAAAGCCUUAGAGACCCAGAGGGAAACUUUGGUCAAACAUAACCCUUACUGGACUCAAACACAUCCAUAGAGGAGGAUGACCUGCAAUGUACUUCACUGACUGCAGGAGCAGGGGGUGAACUGGGUUUCAGUGGGGAAGGGUUGGUGGGGAGUGGAGGAAGAAGUGACAGUGGGAUGGGCAAGGAAGUUGACCACAGAUGUCCCAAAAUAGCUCAGUAAAUGUCUUACCGAAUUAUCAUCCAGUUGCUUGUGAGGGGUUCUCACCCAGAAAUCCUGGAUGACCCCCUGCAAAAAAUGUUACUGUUUUGCCAGGCACUGAACAGUGGUAGCAAGGACUGGGGUUACUAGUUUUUUUAUUCUGGCUUAAGCCCCCACGUAGCAGCCUGGGAAAUGUUCCCAAGUGAACAAACUUCUUCCAGUUGCAAGCAAUAUUCUACAGGAUUUAUUAAAGGGGGAAGGGGGACAAAUACACAACUCUAAGGAAAACCUUAACUAUUAAAUAUUAGCUGAAACCCUGAACAGUUAACAAUCCGUCUUAGUCACUGGAACAACAGCCCUGGGUGAAUCUCCCUUUCCAAGAGCCUGGACUAGGUAGUAGGUCCCCUGGGUUGUCUUCAAUCUCCCCUGGCCCUAACGUAGGAAAUUGGUGUCUUUUCACCCCCACCUCCCACCCCUGGGGGCUACAGGCUGGUGGUUGGGGUACUAUCAUGGGAGGUGGGAAAUGGAAAUGCCCGAUCUUAUGUACCAUAGGGGGUUGUGACCCUGUGCCUCCCACAUCCCAGCUAUUGCUCUAAUCCAGUGCUUUUCAACCUUUUUUCAUUUGUGGACCCCUAAACAAUUUUGAAUGGAGGUGCAGGGCCCUUUUAAUUGUAAGUGUGGGUCUUUACAUACUUCUGAUUGAUUACAGUCAUCUUUUGCAGACCCCUUAGACAAAAGGGGUCUGUGGACCACAGGUUGAAAACCACUGCUCUAAUCGCUGGGAUGCUGGGCGAAAGGGAAACUCUGUUCCUUUUGUGGAGCAUUUACCUUUUCUCACUGCAGCAGAAGGGGAAGUAUUUGGAUACCGGUCAGAAAGCCUUAGGGUCACCCAAGCUAUUCAAUGAAAUCACUUGCAUGCUAGAAUAGUUUUAUUAAACAACCUGCCUGGGCUGCUUGGGGCUGAAGGAUGGUAUUGCACACAUUAUUCUCUCCCAGGGUCAAGGACAAGGUAUUGUUAUUUCACCACAAGGGGCUCCUGCAACUUUAUCCUGAGACUGAAGAGCUACAUCAAGCUGGGGGUAGAUGUGGGCCUGUGAGGGGAAGGCCUGGCUGUAGGGGCAAAAACAGCAGGCCUGGAUAUUGUCUCUGCUUGAGGGUAGCUUUGAGAAAUGAGCAUGCAGCUGAGGCUCUGUAGGACAAUGAUUCCCUUCCAAGAACUGUAAUGCUACAGAGGCUGCUCCCAGGUGGUUCAGAAAACUGAGUUAGGGGAGAGACAAGGGUUAGAGAUGAAACAGUGGAGAGAUGAGGGCUGCUUCCAUAGAAGCUGACAAAAGUAGAGCAGACUCCUACAUCAGCUUUUUCCAAACUGUGGGCUGCAUGCCAUGAGGUGGGGUGUGAAAAGUCCCAGUGUCCAUGGGUGUGCAAUCCUGUAAAUGCUGUGGGUGGCUGAAGUUGGGAGGAAGGAGAGGACAAAAGAUUGGCCAACUUCACUGUGGUGGGCCAGAAAGCCCCAAAGUGGGAAACGCUGCCUUAGGUGAAGACUGAUUACAGCUUCUCU